AUGAAACAGUAUAUAAGGUCAGCAGAUGAGGAGGUUCAAUGGUCUAGAUUUGAACAAUCUUUGAAUGGCCAGAGACUGGUUUCUGGAUCCUCUACAACGUCGACUGUGUCAACUGCCACUUAUUUGUCGGACCUCGACUCAUCACCAGAUUCUGAUCCAUCGGCUUUUUCUUCAACUCCGACUUCACCAUCAUCGCCAUCUCCAAAUAGAGAUAAGGGUCAGAGUUCUUCACAGAAUUCUCAAGAGUUUCUACGGCUAUCGGUACACAAUGCUCGUCGGAAUACUUCGCUUGAAGUAGUGACUGGACAAGUCGAUGAACCUGGGUCUGGAUCCGGAAGUUCGUCAACAAGCAGCACUAGUUCUGGUUCUCCGUCUUCUCGCAUCCGACGGAGGUUGUCUCUUCGAGUCCCAUUUCUAGGGUUCAAUAGAGAUGCAAAAUCAGCUUCGCAGUCUGAAGUUCCUAAACAGAAUCACACCCAACUCAACUCAAAUAAUGGUAGCCCUACUAGCCCUACUAGGAUACAAGUUCCAAAACGAUUACUGGAGCCAUCCUUGCUACCACUCGAUGAAUCGCCAAUUUCAUCCAGGCUGACGUCACUCAGUCUCGUAGAUGUCGAGCUCGAUGAAACCAGAACCACUGGUUCUCCUUACAAGCGCAUCAACCUGAGUGAAUAUAGUCUGAGCUCAUCUAGCAUAUCAAGUCAAGCCUCAAUCCCGUCAUGUCAUAGAGCCCUUUUAAUUCCCGAGAUAUUAGAGAUUAUCAUUCGCUAUGUGGAUGAGAGCAAUGUGAUACCUCAUGAGAUUGCACAACGUAGACGGAAGCCAUUGUCACUCAAACAUGCAAUGCUUAUAUAUGGUAAUGCCGAAAGCGCCAGAGCUGCUUGGAGCAAGGUCCAGAGAGAAGAGACAACUAAACAGGUUCGGCUGGGCCAGCUUGACGAGUCUUUUUUCAACGGUCUAUAUAGUUGUCUCUUAGUCUCGAGAUUGUGGCAUGCAAUUUCAAUGGAAAUCCUUCAUGAAAAGCUACAUUUCAAGAACGAGACCUCUUGGCAAAAGUUUGUAACAUCGAAUGGUAUAGCCAAUGAGAACAAGUUCAGUUCGAGGCUUCCAUCAGUCCUAGUUUUGCAUAAAAUAGCAGAAGCCAAGCAGAUCGAAGUAGAUUUGAUUGGAAAGAAAGUUGGUGGUAAACUGAAAUGGCUGGAAUUUUAUACCUGUCCACUUAUAGUUCCAACCAGAGAGCUAUUAGAGGGAAACUCAUUAACCAAGAUAGUUUUACCUGGCUGCUCAAGAGUUAAUGACGGAGUUGUGGCUUUGAUUGCCAAGAUGUGUCCUCAGGUCGAACAUUUAGACCUCCGCGCGUGUGACUACGUUUCUGAUCGAGGACUCAAAGUUCUAGCUAAAAGAUGCCCAGGAAUCAAACUUCUAAACGUGGGUCGAACUCAACGUGGAGAGCUGAUUACAUAUAGAGGUAUUAAGCAUAUUGCUAGACGGACCUGUGUCGAUACCUUGGGGCUAGCAGGCUGCCAUAUCAACGAUCGUGCCAUUUGGGAAUUGGCGAUACACCGUGGACCUGCCAUUCAAAGACUCUCACUCAACAACUGUCAAUUCUUGACCAAUAAUUCAAUCCCUCGUAUCUUGGGCUACACUCGAAACUUAUGUGUACUGGAACUGAGAGGAUGCUUUCAGAUUAGUGAUAUGAGACCGAUUAUCCAAUUCAAGAGAUAUCGCGAAAUGCGCGGUCAUCCAGCACUGAUUGAAGGGUGUGAACUAUUUGAGCUUCGCAUGAGAGAGGCCCAAUGGCAAAUGGAAGUUGAAACUUCACGUCAAGUAAUCCGCGAUUGUCUGGAAUGGCUCUAUUCGGAGGAUAGUGAUGUUAAUUACGAAAAGUUACGAGAUUAG